AUGUACAACAACAAACCAACACUUGGCUAUCCAACUCAACCACAGCAACAAGGAACCUAUCCGGGAUCAACAUCCACACAACAGGGAAUGAUGAAUAACAGUUUUUAUGGAACCAUUCCACAACAAACCAUGAUGUACAACAAUCCAAGUAUGAACAAUUCCUCCUACAUGAUGAUGAGUAAUAAUCCAUCCACAAUGAACAAUAACGUCAUGUACAAUAAUUAUGGUACAACUACUACCAAUAACAACAUGAUGAUGGUGAAUAAUGCCCAACCAUUCAACACUGCCGGAUCUAUGAAUAAUAAUAAUUUUAUGAACAAUAAUUUCAACAACAUUCCAACACCGAAUAACAUGAUGGUGAUGGGCAACAACCCAUCAUCAACCAAUGUUGGUGGUGUUACUAACAACAUCACUAGUUCUUCAAAUGUUGGAAUGACGACAACAACGACAUUGCCUCCACUUCCUGUGAAUCUCAAAAAACCUCGAGUUCAUAUCAUUCCUUCACUCACGCCAAAUGAAAAGCCUUUAUCCAUCAAGACUCUUGCUGAGCUCUCGCUACCCAGAUGGAUCAUUCCAUAUCAAUUGAAAAUGAGCUCCAAAUAUUCGAGUACUGGGAAUACCAUUGCUUGUUUGAGUGAAGAAGGAGAAACAGCUGGUCUUGCAGGAGUUUGUACGAAUUCGGAAGAACAACCAUUUGUACAGAUCAUGUUCAAGGAGAAGGUUAGAGUUUCCCGAAUGAUUAUUAGCCCAUGUAUUGCUUCUUCAUGGGGAAGUCAAUAUUUAGAAGGGUGUGUGGUGGAGUAUGAAACAGAUAAUGGUCAAUGGAAUCAAUUGGCAACUGUGACAUUCCAAAACGGAUUGAAAACUUUAGAUCUAUCUUGGAGUAAUGUUAUUUCUGCAAGUACAUUUAGAGUUAGGAAAAAUGGAACAGGUUAUAUUGGUAUUGGUGUGUGGAGAUUAUUUGGUAUUUGUCAAUAUGACGAAGAGGAGCCAAUUGAGGAACAAGUGAGUGAUGAAAUUGAUUCUGCAAGAACGAUGGAUUUACUGUGCCUUCCUUAUAAUUUGAAAAUGAGUUCCAAAUAUUCUUCGUGUGACAACUCGACGGCAGCAUUGUGGGAUGAAAGUAACUUGGGUACAGGUGCUGGUACAUGCUCUGAAAAUAAUGCAUAUAUUGAAGCUGCAUUUAAGGGACCUCAAUAUUUCACUCAUAUCAGAUUGAAACCACUUGUAGCUUCUGGUUGGGGAAGCUCCUACACGAGCAACACGUUAUUGGAGUUCUCAGAAAACGGACUUGAAUGGAGAACAUGUAUGAGCCUAGUUGACAUUACUGAAAAUCAACCAAUUAUUACUCUUCGCAGUCCUGUUUUGGCUUCAAAUUGGCGAAUUAGAAGAGAAGCUGCUGGUUAUGUUGGAGUUGGUCUUUUGAAAUUCUAUACAUUCAAACCAUAUUACAAUCCUUAUUCACAACCUGCCCAGCAGCCCAAUCCUCUCAAAUAUACUCUAACUAUGAGCAGCAAGUACGUACAAUGCCAAAAUACUUUUGAAAUUCUUCAAGAAGAAACAAAAACCGGUGGUGCUGGAACAGAUAAAGACACAGACGCUUGGAUUCAAGCUAAUUUGGAUGAUAUUUACAACAUUUAUGCUCUCAAGAUUCGACCAAUUCAAUUACCAGAGUGGGGCAUAAAAUAUUUGCAAACAGCGACAGUGGACUGUUCUGUGGACGGAUCAACCUGGGUCAAUGUGAAAACUUUACCUCAAGUGGAACCAGCUGUUAAUGUUGUAUCCAUUUCAAGAGUUCCUGCAAAAUAUAUUAGAAUUUCUAUGAAGCACGAUCAAGGUACAUUCGUUGGUUUGGGAACUUUUAAGGUUUAUGGCUACAAGUAA